AUGACUGAAGCACCGCCAGCAGAAGGCGCACCCCAAACUGAUGUUUUCAGUCCAGGACAACUUGAAGAAUUCAAAGAAGCAUUCACCGUCUUCGAUAAAGACGCUGAUGGUAGAAUUACACCGCAAGAAAUGUGUGGAUUACUUGGAGCAACAGGCUUUCAAGUUUCACAAGCGGAAGUUACAGAUUAUUGUUCACAGAUUGAUACAACAGGUGAGAAUCUUUUCGAUUAUAAUGUGUUUUUGAAAGUUGCCGAAAAUUUCAAUAACGGUAAUAAUACACAAGAAAUUCUUAGUGCAUGCAUGAGAAUUUUCUUCGGUGAAUCUACAAAAAUUAGUACAGAUGAACUUAAGAGCGUUUUGACAACUCUCGGAAAUCCUUUGACUCCUGAUGAAAUGAAGCACCUUAUGUUUAAUGUAAACCCAGAAAAUGACGAAACUAUUACUGUUGCCGACUUUGUUAAUAAGAUUGCUGGUGUAGAAGUUAAGGAUGAUGAAGAUGAUCAAUAA